AGGGAAAAAAACCAACAAGUACUAUCAUCACUACAUUACAUGUAUGUCCUCUCUUACUGCUUUGCUGAACCCCUCUCCAACACAUUUGUCCGUUUCUCUCUUUUUUCUCACCCACAUCACCCCCAUUUCCUGCCCUAAUUUAACAGCACAUACACACACUUUUCUGUAUCUAUACUUUCAAGAUUUUGUAAAACGCCCUUUUUGAUUCUGUGCUUAAAAGGGGUUCCAAGAUUUUGUUGGUUUUGCAAAACCCAUAUCUUGAUUUUGUGUUUUAAAGGGUUUUAAGCAAAUGGGUUGUGCUCAAUCCAAGAUUGACAAUGAAGAAUCAGUGUCAAGAUGUAAAGAGAGGAGGAACUUUAUGAAAGAGGCUGUUACUGCUCGAAAUGCAUUUGCUUCUGGUCAUUCUGGGUAUGCUGUUGCUUUGAAGAACACUGGUGCUGCUUUGAGUGAUUAUGCUCAGGGUGAGGGUCAAGAGCAAGACCAUCUUGUUCAAUUAGGUCCCAUUGAUCCUCCUUCGCUUGUUUCGAAACCCCCUCCUCCUCCUAUGAUGGAUCAUGGCCUUCCUCCUCCGCCUCCACCGCUGCCUAGCUUCUCUCCUGCCACGCCUUUGCAGCGGUCUGUGACAAUGCCGGUGUUUUCCAAGGAUAUUAGGAAGAUGGAUAGUGUGGAGAUUGUGGAGGAGGUGGAGGAAAAGGAAGGGGAGGAGGCUGGGGGGUUGGAGUUGAGGAAGAGGAGAAAUGGUGUUGUGGGGAAGGAGGAGACACCGCCUAGGACUCCGGUGGCACCACCUCCACCUGAUUCGAAAGGGAUGGCUUGGGAUUAUUUCUUUAUGGUUGAUAAUAUGCAUGGACAAAUGGAGGAUGUUAGAGAGGAGGAGGAAGAGGAAGAAGGUGAAGAUGAUGAUUUUGAUGAGAGAUAUAGUGAGCAUGAGAUUCAAAAUCAUAAUAAUCAUGAUACUAAGAAUCAUGAUAAUGGUAUGGUGGGUGGGAAAUUUAGUGAGGUGAGUGAGCCUAAAACGCCAGAGAAGGUGGUGAUGGAAGGGUUCACUACCGAGGAGGAGGAGACACCAGUGAUGGUAGGGUUAAAGGAAAAACAGUUUAUGCAUUCUAACACUGCUCCUCCUGAUAUGCGGCGAAUGCCAGGAAAUUAUAGUAAAGGUGGGGCUGGCCAUUCUAGUGUAAACUUGUUGAAGAUAUUGGGUGAUAUUGAUGAUCAUUUCUUGAAGGCGUCUGAAUGUGCACAAGAGGUGUCAAAGAUGCUUGAGGCAACUAGAUUGCAUUAUCACUCCAAUUUUGCUGAUAAUCGAGGACACAUUGACCACGCAGCAAGGGUAAUGCGUGUUAUUACGUGGAACAAAUCAUUUAGAGGAAUACCAAAUGGUGAAGGUGGGAAAGAUAGUUAUGAUGCCGAGGAAUACGAGACUCAUGCCACUGUUUUGGAUAAGUUACUGGCGUGGGAGAAGAAGCUUUAUGAGGAAGUGAAGGCUGGUGAGCUUAUGAAGCUUGAGUAUCAGAGAAAAGUGGGCCAGCUGAACAAGCUGAAAAAACGUGGUGCUAGUUCUGAAUCAUUGGAGAAGACAAAGGCUGCUGUAAGUCAUUUACACACAAGAUACAUAGUUGAUAUGCAGAGUUUGGAUUCAACAGUUUCAGAAGUAAACCAUAUACGCGACGAUCAGCUAUACCCAAAACUUGUCGCUCUUGUUGAGGAGACUACCAAGAUGUGGGAUUCCAUGAACUUGCAUCACCAGAGCCAGUUGAAGAUUGUUGAAGAUUUGAAAUCCCUAGAUCUUGCUGGAAAUCCGAGGGAAGCUGGUGGGUAUAUCAGGGAAACAAGCAGACAUCACCAUGAGCGUACUAUCCAGCUUUGGAAUGUAGUUCAAGAAUGGCAUUUGCAAUUUGACAAGCUCGUGACUAAUCAGAAACAAUACAUUCAAGCCCUUAACAGCUGGUUGAAAUUAAAUCUUAUUCCCAUCGAGAGCAACUUAAAGGAAAAAGUUUCUUCGCCACCAAGAACUCAGAAUCCUCCUAUUCAACCCCUUCUCAUUUCUUGGCAUGACCUUCUCGAGAAACUUCCAGAUGAGAUUGCAAAAACUGCAAUUGCCUCAUUUUCAGCUGUGAUAAAAGCCAUAAUUGUUCAUCAGGAAGACGAAAUGAAAUUGAAGGAGAAAUGUGAGGAGACAAGAAAAGAGUACUUGCGCAAGAACCAGGCAUUUGAGGACUGGUACCAGAAGUACAUGCAACGCAGAACCCCGCCUGAUGAUUUUGAUCCUGAUAAGGGCGUCGAGACAGAUCCUAAAGACCCUAUUGUUGAGAGACAAUUCCAAGUGGAGAGCUUGAAGAAGAAAUUGGACGAGGAAGUGGAAGCUCACCAAAAACAUUGUAUUCAGGUGAGAGAUAAGUCACUGGGGAGUCUUAAAAUCAGGCUGCCUGAGCUUUUCCGAGCAAUGUCAGACUAUACUUAUUCUUGCAUGCAAGGUUAUGAAAACCUAAGGUCGACGAUUGCACAGUCAACAAGGCCAAAUGGAAGCUCCCAGUGACAAACUGUCUGCUCUUAGCUGUCAUUUCUUUUUUACUUCUGGGUUUAAUUAACUUGGUUUUUCAUCAUGAAAAUCCUUUUUCCCGCUUCUGCAGUUGUAUGAAUGAUUUUAUUGAUGUUGGUGUAGAAUAGUCUGCACUUAUUUGUAGCUGGGAUUUACUGGGAACCAGAAACUUUUUUUUUUUUUUUGCCGAACUGGGAACCAGAAACUUGAUGUUUCAUGAUCAACUAAUUAUUCUACCCCAAGAAAUUUGAUCUGA